AUGGACACAGAGAUUGUAGCAGGUCUGGUUGGUUUGAGUGGCGAAACUGAUCCAUGGAGAGCAGUUGUCAUAAGAUGCUGCACCGUUGACAGAGGAACAGUAGUUCUGACAGAUGGCCAAGGUAACUGCAGAGACAGUGGAGAAGAGGGCGAGGGAGAUGAAGAGACGGAACAUCUGGAAAUGAUUGAAAUGUCUGAACGCAGAGAGUCAGUGGGAACUUACCAUGAUGAAUAUGGUCAGUGGGAACUGAUGAGGAUUCCAUCCAUGGGCUCCGUUUUAUGCGGAUCCAAAUGCUCUACGAGAUACUUUCAUAUUGGAUUCUAUUGUUAA